GCGCGCGUUGAAAAGCGAAAAGCCAACACAAUGGCAGCUCGCCGCUAUCGUCAGAAGCGUGUCGACCAAAUGAACACGUUGGAAUCUCAGCUCAAAGACACGCAAACCGAGCGUGAUGCUCUCAAAGUCCGCUGUGCUAGGCUUGAGGGAGAAGUUGAGACCCUCCGCGCACUGCUUGCUGCGAAGAAGUAA